AAAAAAAUAAAAAUAAAAAAGCCAUUUUUGCUCAUAGAGAAGUCUUAAUCAUCUCCUUCAAAAAACUCUUCUGUGAAUUCCAAUCCCUUUGACCACUAAUCUUGUCUCUUUUACCGUGAAUAUUCAUCGAAAGGUUCUUGAUUCUCUCAAAUAUUCAUCGAAAGGUUCUUGAUUCUCUCAAAUAGUCAUCAAACUCUCAAACCAAAGUAUCUGUCUUUCUUUAAACACCAAGAAUCUCACGUUUUACAAAGAGAGAACUAGAAAUAAUGGAAGAAUUCAAGAUCAUCAAGAAGAAAAUGUGGAUGUUUAAUUGAUCUUUCUCAAACUCUUUCAAGCCUUGUUUUUCACGUAAUGGAAGAUAUUACCAAAACAAGAAGAAGAAGAAGAUUUACCAACAACAUCAAAGUUAUUAACCAGCAAAACUUUCCUACUCAAAAACUCUCCUUUUGGUUUGCUCCAACUAUUCGUCCUCCUGGUCUACUCUUCUUUCGCAAAUCCGGCUCUUAAGCAACUCUUUUAAAAUAAACAUUUAUUAUGGCUGCUUAUUCUUUUAAUGCAAAUUCUUCAUUCGGGACUGGUUUUGGUAAACUAUAUGAUCCAAUUAUAAGUGGUUUUAAUGGAGUUUUGCGAGGUGGGUCCUUGUCUCAGUCUCAGACUCAGUCUUUGGUAUUGGAUAGUGAGAAAGGAGAGCUCGUCAAGGCUCCUGCGAAAGCGGGAAAGAAAGAAUUAUCAGAGGCCAAAGCGAUGGCUGCUUUGAAAAGUCAUAGUGAAGCUGAGAGGAGGAGAAGAGAGAGGAUCAAUGCUCAUCUUGAUGCACUUCGCGGUCUUGUCCCUUGCCAUGGAAAGGUGGACAAAGCCACCUUGCUUGCUGGAGUCAUAAACCAAGUGAAAGAACUAAAGAAGAAUGCAAUUGAAGCCAGCAAAGGUUAUCUCAUUCCCAUGGAUGAUGAUGAAGUGAAAGUUGAACCACAUAAGGAAGCAGCAGGAGAUGGAUCUUUCUUAUUCAAGGCAUCGAUCUGUUGUGACUACCGCCCCGAGCUUCUGUCUGAUCUAAAACAAGCUCUCGAUGCUCUCCCACUAAAGAUAGUAAAUGUUGAAAUGUCAACAUUAGGAGGUCGGUUGAAGAAUGUUUUUCUUUUCACCAGCUGCAAAGAAGGGAACACUAAUAAUGCUGAGGCAUCCCAUCUUCUUGCAAAUGCUGUUCACCAAGCCCUGAGUUCUGUCCUGGAUAAAGCGUCUCCAUCACCAGAGUACUCACCAAGAACAACACUUCCGAACAAGAGGCAGAGGAUCUCUUUUUUCGAUUCCUCCAGCUCUUCUUCUUGAGAGCUUAGAUCUUGCUGGCGUUGACAGUGUCACAGUGUGACAAUGUGCAUAAUCUAUAUAGCGGUUGUGUAUUUAUACGUGGCUGCAUGAAUUUACUGUUCCAUUUAGAUACACUUGUAUUACAUAACUUGAAUAAUUGCGGACAAAUUAAGUUGUUCUGCUAAGACUCUAAAAUGGUGAUCAACUAUUGAUCAUCAUGCUGCUAUCAUGUAUUUCUAUGUGUAAUGGACUCAGUUGAAGAUUGAUAAGUUCCCUUUGAAUUUCCAAUGGGAUAUAAAUGCUCGUGGAGUUUUUAUAGCA